GGUUGCGUGCCGCCGUCCCCGCCGUCGGGGCGCGCGGGGACGGACUCUGGGCCACGCGGGGACCAGCCCGGGGCAGGCCGAGGACCGAGGCGUGCCGGCGGGCGCCCAUGGCCGGAGCCGCAAUGGCCGAGCCCGGCCGCGGGCCGCCUUCCGCGCCCGCGCCCGGCACGGAGGGUCUGCCGCGCGCCUUCUUGCAGAGCCUGCGCACCCUCUUCGACAUCCUGGACGACCGGAGGCGCGGCAUCGUGCACCUGCGCGAGAUCGAGUCCCGCUGGCAGGGCGCCGACGCUCGCGAGCUGCCACGCGGCGUGCUCGAGGGCCUGCGCCAGGUGGCCCCGGCCAGCGGCUACCUGACCUUCGAGCGCUUCGUGGCCGGCCUGCGCACCUCACUGCUGAGCGCCGACGGCGGCACGCGGGCCCCGGCGCGCGCCCCGGCCCGAGGAGGCUGCCCGGCGCGGCCCGGGGGGCAGCCGCCGCCGCCGCAGCGCCUGGUGUUCGCGCCGGCCGACGAGCCGCGGACGGUCCUGGAGAGGAAGCCCCUGCCCCUGGGCGCGCGCCCCCCGCCGGCCGGCCCGGGUGGCGCGGCCCGGAGCCUAGAGAGGCUGUGCAGCCCGGCGGAGGCGGCGCCCGGCCCGGAGGAGCCCGAACGGCCCCAGGGCGCGGCGCUGGAGCGGAGCCCGAACACGGACGCUGAUGCAGUGGCCUGCAGGGCCCGGGAGCUGGGCGUGGGGGACGCCCGGUGGGGCCCCCGUGCCCGAGGGGAACGUCGGAGACACACCAUCACCAACGGUGUGGACUGCGACCUGCUGAAGCAGAUGAAGGAGCUGGAACAGGAGCAGGAGGUGCUACUGCAGGGCCUGGAGAUGAUGGCGCGGGGCCGCGAGUGGUACCAGCAGCAGCUGCAGCGCGUGCAGGAGCGCCAGCGCCGCCUGGGCCAAAGCAGGGCCAGUGCCGGCUUCGGGGCUGAGGGGAGCCCCCGCCUGCUGGGGCAGCUGCUGCCCAAGGUGCAGGAGGUGGCCCGAUGCCUGGGGGAGCUGCUGGCCGCGGCCUGUGCCGGAAGGGCUCUGCCCUCGUCCUCCUCGGGGCCCCUGGGCCCCGCCCUGGCGCCCGCCUCGCCCGCGGUCCCUAGCUGGCAGCAGCAGACCGUCCUCAUGCUGAAGGAGCAGAACCGGCUCCUCACCCAGGAGGUGACCGACAAGAGCGAGCGUAUCACACAGCUGGAGCAGGAGAAGUCCGCCCUCAUCAAGCAGCUGUUUGAGGCCCGUGCCCUCAGCCAGCAGGACGCUGGGCCCCUGGACUCCACCUUCAUCUAGCCGGCCCCAGGCACGGACGAGGGGCCUCGCGGCCUGGCACUCAGCCCUGAGGCUGCAGGCGCCCUGGCGGGCCCGAGCACUGCCCUCCUUCCUCCCUUCCAGUCCGGGCUCCCCUAACCCCAGGAUGUUCUGAGACCCCAGACGUUGACUCCAUCUUGGUCUUGGGGGCCUGACCUGGGGUGGGACUCCAUCAUGCCAACACACAGCCCGAAGCUGCUCCUGCCACUGUCAGUGGACAGUGGGGGACACCCCCUCGUGUUCACCAGAUCUGGGCCGCCCUGGCAGCUGGUGUGUCUCCCCUCCCACCUGCGGUCUCCAGUGGAAGGCGCUGAUCACACUAGGCUGCGUUCCCAAGAGUGGCCAGCAGAGGGCGCCACAUGCACUGGUGACUGCGGCCUUGGAGGCCCCGCUGUGGCGUCUCAGAUGGGGCCCGGAGUAGGGGAACCUGGGGCGGGCUGGGACACCUGCAGGUCCAGCGGGUGAUUGGCCCCGGGGGUCCAAGGGCGUCUUGCCCCGCUCAAGACUAGGCGGCUGUCCCUCAGUCAGGAGCAGAUGGAGGGUGGCCUCUAAGAAGGGGGUUCUGCUUGUGUCCAGUUCCAGGGGAGCCCCGAGGGCAUGGUGUUGGGGAUUCACUGGAUUCAUGCCUGGGCCAAAGCUGGCCUGCUUGGUCCUCCCCACGGACCUUAGAUGCUAAACAAACGGGCAGACCCAGGCCCCAAGCAGGGUUUGGCCUCCACAUCCCCGGCCCCCAGCCCUGCCGGCCCGGGCUCUCCCGUUUCUGGGCUUUGCAAAUGCUGUUCCGUCCCUGGGAACACCCACUUCCUGCUUCACCUGACUGGCUCCUGCCCAACCCUGCACCUCGGAUAUAGAGGGAACGAACCGGCAGAGGCUGAAACGGCAAAGGGGGUAGCCUUUGCCCUGAGGGUAUCUGCUUUCCCCCUGAGGUCUUCACGGAACUUGGGAGGCAGGACCAGAAGCCAGUGUCUGCCCCAGGGGUACUGCCCACAGAAGGCGGACCCUUCAGCCGCAGGGUGAGUGUGGAAGAAACCCGUGACUCAGGGAGAGGCCUCGUGGCGCUGGCUUUCCACGCAGGGUGGAAAAUGCGUCCUAUUCAUUUGCAGUCUGAAAUCAGGCUGCCUGUGUGGCCCUAGAGACCCCAAGGGGAGAAUUGUAAGUGGCCCCAGGUUGGCGGGGCCCAGGCGGCUGGUGGAAGCCAAACGUCCUCGCUAGAACAGCGAGUGUUUCUCAGCCAUGCAGGGGGGAGGUCUGGGGCCGCGUUAAGUCUUGGGGGAGCUGUCUGUGCACCGUAGGAUGUUUAGCACCAUCCCUGGCCUCUAUCCACUAGAUGCCAGCAACACACACACACACUCAGUUGUGAUGACCAAAAUGUCUGGACAUUGCCAGUGCCCAGGGGGCAAAGUUGCCCUUAGCUGAGCAUCUCUGCUCUAGAGCAAUGCAACUCCACCAGGCCUCAAGGAUUUCCUACAGACCAAGUUCCAAGGAAAAUGAGCAUCUCCAGCUUAAAAAAAUUUUCAUAAACACCACAAGGAAAGAAUCUACCACGAGAGCCAGCAGAAACAACCGAUUCAGAUAUUCAAUAAUCG